AUGAGAAAUUACAACCAGGCAUCUGACACAGUAGAGUUUGACGAAGUUACACGCGGUGUUCACACCCUGUCCCCUCCAGCAAAAGCUGACAUGUCACUAAUGAGAAGUUUUACUUCUAGGCUAGUGAUCGAAUCAGACGUUGCCGACUUUGAUGGCCGGAGCUCCCUUCUGUACCGGUUUAACCAGAAGCUGAUGAGCACGCUCAAAGAUGUUAUCUCCCUGAAGUUCAAGAGCAUGCAGGGAGAUGGGGUCCUGUUCCACGGAGAAGGACAACGUGGAGACCAGAUCACCUUGGAGCUCCAAAAGGGCAGGCUUGCCCUGCACCUCAACUUGGAUGACAGCAAACCUCGGCCCAGCAGCAGCCCACCCUCAGCCACCCUGGGCAGCCUCCUGGACGACCAGCACUGGCACUCCGUCCUCCUGGAGAGGGUGGGCAAGCAGGUGAACUUCACCGUGGACAAGCACACGCAGCACUUCCGUACCAAGGGUGAGGCGGAUGCCUUGGACAUCGAUUAUGAGCUUAGUUUUGGAGGAAUUCCAGUCCCAGGCAAACCUGGAACCUUCCUAAAGAAAAACUUCCACGGAUGUAUGGAAAACCUUUACUACAAUGGAGUAAACAUAAUUGACCUGGCUAAAAGGCGGAAGCAUCAGAUCUACACUGUGGGGAAUGUCACUUUCUCCUGCUCUGAACCACAAAUUGUCCCCAUCACGUUUGUCAACUCCAGCAGCAGUUAUUUGCUGCUGCCCGGCACCCCCCAGCUUGAUGGGCUGUCUGUGAGUUUCCAGUUUCGGACAUGGAACCAGGAUGGUCUGCUUCUGUCCACGAUGCUGUCCGAGGGCUCAGGCACUCUACUGCUGAGUUUAGAGGGCGGACGCCUGAGACUCAACAUCUGUCAUCCCCAUGCUUCCCCUUCCUGUUCCUCUGCAGGCAGAAACCUGAAUGAUGGCUUGUGGCACUUACUUAGCAUCAAUGCCCGGCGAAACCGCAUCACUCUUACCUUGGACAAUGACGCGGCCUCUCCGGCCCAGGAUACCAGCCGCAUGCAGAUCUAUUCUGGAAACAGCUACUACUUUGGAGGCUGCCCUGACAAUCUCACCGAUUCCCAAUGUUUAAAUCCCACGAAGGCUUUCCAAGGCUGCAUGAGGCUCAUCUUUAUUGAUAACCAGCCCAAGGACCUCAUUUCAGUUCAGCAAGGUUCCCUGGGGAAUUUUAGUGAUUUACACAUUGAUCUGUGUAGCAUCAAAGACAGGUGUUUGCCAAACUACUGCGAACAUGGAGGGAGCUGUUCCCAGUCCUGGACGACCUUCUACUGUAACUGCACUGACACAGGCUAUGUGGGUGCCACCUGCCACAAUUCCUUGUAUGAGCAAUCCUGCGAGGUGUACAGGCAUCAGGGCAACACAGCUGGUUUCUUCUACAUCGACUCAGAUGGCAGUGGGCCCCUGGCGCCCUUCCAGGUGUACUGCAACAUCACAGAAACCAUCUGGACAUCAGUGCAGCACAACCACAUGGAGCUGACCCACGUGCGAGGUGCCAGUGCUGAGAAGCCUUACUCCAUGGUUCUGGACUACAAAGGCAGCCUGGAACAGCUGACAGCUGUUAUUGACAGCUCCGAGCACUGCGAGCAGGAGGUGGCUUACCACUGCAAGAGAUCCCGCCUGCUCAACACGCCCGAUGGAGCCCCACUGACCUGGUGGAUCGGGCGAUCCAACGAGAGGCACCCAUACUGGGGCGGUGCCCCUCCUGGAGUUCAGCAGUGUGAUUGCGGCCUAGAUGAGAGCUGCCUAGACAUCCGGCACUUUUGCAACUGUGACGCCGACCAGGAGGAAUGGACAAAUGAUACUGGCUUUCUUUCCUUCAAAGACCACUUGCCUGUCACUCAGAUAGUUAUCACUGAUACCAACAGAUCAAACUCAGAAGCUGCUUGGAGAAUUGGUCCCUUGCGUUGCUAUGGAGACCGACACUUCUGGAAUGCGGUAUCCUUUUAUACAGAAGCCUCUUAUCUCCACUUCCCGACCUUCCAUGCGGAAUUCAGUGCCGAUAUUUCCUUCUUUUUUAAAACCACGGCUUUAUCUGGAGUUUUCCUAGAAAACCUUGGCAUUAAAGACUUCAUCCGACUUGAAAUAAGCUCUCCUUCCGAGAUCACCUUUGCCAUUGAUGUUGGCAAUGGCCCCAUAGAGCUCAUAGUCCAGUCUCCAGCACUCCUGAACGACAACCAAUGGCAUUAUGUCCGGGCCGAGAGGAACCUCAAGGAGACCUCUCUCCAGGUGGACAGCCUCCCAAGGGUGACCAAGAAGACUUCAGAGGAGGGCCAUUUCCGGCUACAGCUGAACAGCCAGCUGUUUGUAGGAGGAACAUCCUCAAGGCAGAAAGGCUUCCUUGGAUGCAUUCGCUCCUUACACCUGAAUGGGCAGAAACUGGAUCUGGAGGAGAGGGCAAAGGUCACGUCUGGAGUCCGGCCAGGGUGCCCAGGCCACUGCAGCAGUUACGGCAGCACCUGUCACAAUGGGGGCAAGUGUGUGGAGAAGCACAGCGGGUACUUCUGUGACUGUACCACGUCACCCUACGAAGGGCCCUUCUGCAAAAAAGAGGUUUCUGCUGUUUUUGAGGCUGGCACUUCGGUGACUUACGUGUUUCAAGAACCCUACCCAGUCACCAAGAACCUAAGCCUCUCCUCCUCGGCCAUUUAUGUGGAUGCAGCUCCAUCCAGAGAAAACAUUGCAUUGAGCUUUGUGACAGCCCAGGUUCCUGGUCUCUUGCUCUAUGUCAAUUCUUCUUCUCAGGACUCCUUGGCUGUCCUGCUCUGCAAGAAUGGAAGCUUACAAGUUCGCUACCAGCUGAGCAAGGAAGAAAUCCAUGUGUUCACCAUUGACACAGAGAACUUUGCCAACAGAAGACUCCACCACCUGAAGAUUAACCGAGAGGGCAGAGGGCUUACCAUCCAGGUGGAUGAACAACUCCGACUCAGUUAUAACUUCUCCCCAGAAGCUGAGUUCAGGGCCGGCAAGUCACUCACCUUGGGCAAGGUCACAGAGACUCUUGGAUUGGAUGCUGAAGUUGCUAAAGCAAACAUCCUGGGUUUUAUUGGCUGUCUGGCUUCGGUCCAAUACAACCACAUAGCACCGCUGAAGGCAGCCCUGCGCCAUGCCACCAUCGCACCUGUAACCAUCCAAGGGACCCUGAUGGAGUCCAGCUGUAGCUCUGUGAUGGAUUCUGAUGUAAAUGCAGUGACCACAGUGCAUUCUUCCUCAGAUCUUUUUGGGAAGACAGAUGAGAGGGAACCACUGACUAAUGCAGUCCGAAGCGACUCCGCCGUCAUUGGAGGAGUAAUAGCAGUGGUGAUAUUCAUCAUCAUCUCCGUCAUUGGCAUCAUGACCCGGUUCCUCUACCAGCACAGACAGUCACAUCGCACUAACCAGAUGGAGAAGGAAUAUCCGGAAAACUUGGACACGUCCUUUAGAAAUGACAUUGAUUUGCAAAACACAGUGAGCGAGUGUAAGCGGGAAUAUUUCAUCUGAAAAUCUGCAGGGUCA